AUGUCCGGCGACACAGCACUGGGUCAGAAGCUGUCUCCAGUUCCUGGCAGAGUUUCUGUCAAGAGAGAGGCCGUCAGCAGAAUGAAUUCAUCCUGUCAAAACUGGCUGGCUGCAGAGAAUAUCCUGAAAAAGUACUAUCUAUCCACAUUUUAUGGGAUGGAGUUCGUUUUCGGGAUGUUUGGGAACAUCACCGUGGUGUUCGGGUACCUCUUCUGUCUGAAGAACUGGAACAGCAGCAACAUCUAUCUCUUUAACCUUUCCAUCUCUGACUUUGCUUUCCUGUGCACCCUUCCGGUGCUGAUAAGGAGUUAUGCCAAAGAGAACUGGAUCUAUGGAGAUGUUCUCUGCAUAGGCAACCGAUACUUGCUACAUGCCAACCUCUACACCAGCAUCCUCUUCCUCACUUUCAUCAGCAUCGAUCGAUACCUGCUCAUGAAGUAUCCUUUCCGAGAGCACGUUCUGCAAAAGAAGGAGUUUGCCGUUCUAAUUUCUUUAGCUGUCUGGGUCUUGGUGACUUUAGAAGUCCUACCCAUACUCCCUUUCAUAAAUUCUGACCCAACAGACAAAGACGCCAUCUGCAAAGACUACGCAAGUUCUGGAAACCCUAAAUACAACCUCAUUUACAGCCUGUGCCUGACUUUGCUGGGCUUCCUCCUUCCCCUCUCUGUGAUGUGCUUCUUCUAUUACAAGAUGGUAGUCUUCCUAAGAAUGAGGAGUAGGCAGCAGGUGACUGCCCUGCCGCUGGACAAGCCUCUGCGCCUGGUGGUCCUGGCAGUGGUGGUCUUCUCUGUACUCUUCACACCCUACCAUAUCAUGCGCAAUGUGAGGAUCGCCUCACGCCUGGAUAGCUGGCCACAGGGAUGUUCGCAGGAAGUCAUCAAAACCUUGUACAUCGUGACCCGGCCUCUGGCCUUUCUGAACAGUGCCAUCAACCCCAUCUUCUACUUUCUCAUGGGAGACCACUUCAGAGAGAUGCUGAUUAGUAAGCUGAGACAGUACUUCAAGUCCCUUACAUCCUUCAGGACAUGAGCUGCUGGAUGCUAGUCUUCACUCAGCCAAAUUGCUCUGCAGCUGAGUUAAAACCAAGUAGACCACUAUCUCCAGGCUUUAGCUCCUCUGUCACCCACAAUGCUGGAGUACAAUAGGUAUACAUAUAUCAGAAGAGCAGCUAUCUGUCCUUGUUUCAGCUUGUACCCAGAGUAUGGGAAAAUAUGCAUUAGAAAGUAUUGAUAUCUUCAUCUAAGAACUGAAAAAAGUGAACUAAUGUUGUCAAUGUUUAGGAGACUUAAGAUCCAAAACUUUGUUAACUUUAAGAACUCUUCUAUCAGUGUAAAAGAAAUAAAAGAUAUCUAGAUUAUCAUGCUAUAUGCAUUUCAUCAUUGGCCAGGCUGAUUAUCAUGGUUAGGAAAUAUUCUAUGCUAUUUUUGUUCUUGCAAUAUUAAAACAUUAUGUGAAAAAUAAGUGGAACUCAAUAUAUACCAUGAACUGUUAUUUUUGGAAGUUGUAUUCUUGAAAAAUGUAAAUAACAGCAAUGCUUAAUAAAGCAAUGCAAUUUGUUUCUCUGUACUAAUAAUGGACUGUAAUUAACCUGUAAUGUAACCAUUCUUUUCUUUUAGAUGGACUAUAGAAAAUAGGAAUCUUAGUUUGUGUUGACAGAAUGUAAAAUGUUCAACAAAGGAAAUUGGUAAGUUCUAAUUUGUCUCUCAGGAAAUUUGGCCAUGAUGAAAUUCCAUAGUAAUUUUACUCAACUAUGGAAGACACAUGCCAAGGAUGGAUUUAGAAAUUCCAACAUUUCAGAACUCUAAAUAUGUUUGAA